AUGAAGUCCUCCAUCGCCUUCUGCUCCGCAGCCAUCUUCCGCCUGGCACUCGGCCAGAGCACCGCAGGGUCGGGCACGACGUUCUGGCAAGCCGCGCAACCAUCGAGCACCGGAGCUCCGAGCACUUGGACUCCGAGGACCACCAGAUCAAAGCCUACUGCGCCGCCGCCAAAGGAAACUGCGCAAACGGCAAAACCAAAACCGACCCCAUCCAAGGCCUCUACCUGCCUUCCCGCCAACGCCAACCCCAAGGAAGAAACUGCCUCUUCCAUGUCUCAAUCCCAAUCCCAGUCGCCGAACCCGCACUACGACUCCUCUUCUUCCUCAGGAAAGUCCAUCUCCGGCCUCUCCCGCUUCUUCAGCAUCCUAUCCUCGCGCACGCACAUGGGCCAGAACCAUGCUGCUGCCGGUCAUGAGCAGAACAUGAACAUGAACGUGGAUGGGAAUGGAAAUGGAAAGAUGAUGCAUGCUAGACAGGCACCAAGCAACGCCACGAACGCAGGAAAUGAUGGCGGUUCUUGCAAUACGUUGGCUACGGCGGGCAACAGGAUUGAGCUACUGUGUGCUUGCGGAGGAAAUUGUUUGAAUCCUGUAUCGGAUCAUAUUGGACGGUGUGAUGCUGCUUGUUAA